GUACGGCAAGCGUUUCUGCCGGCCCCGACCCCGACUGCUUGAUGAUGAAGAAAAAAAAAAGAAAUUGCGCCGCAGAGAGAAUCCCAAGGCCCCCGGCUCCGUCUCCGUCCCCGUUUCCAUCUCCAUCUUCUCCACCUCACCGCCCGGCGCCCCCCCUGUGCGGUGGCCUCCUCCUCCCCUUUUAAACCUUGUGAUUCUCUCUCUCUCUCUCUCUCGCCGUUGAUUUGAUUCGUUGAGAAGACAAUCUCUGCGCCGCGCAUAAACAAACGCGAGAGGAGUCGUCGCCCUGUCCCCGUCUCCUUCAUCCACCCACCCACCCACCCACCAGGACCACCAUAAACCCCGAGAAAAACCCCCCCGCACGCGCGGCGGGUGGCGGCCAUGGCGCAGGCGCAGCCGGCCGGCAAGGGCCGGGAGCGGCGGGUGUCCAUCGAGGAGGUGGCGAAGAAGCUGUCGCUGUGGCACACGGCCACGUUCCGGCCCAUCCUGACCCACGACGAGCUGGAGCCCAUCCUGUGCGCGGCGGGCUUCGUGGCGGUACCGCCGGCGCCCGCUCCCGCCAAGCAGCAGGACGAGCGGCCCGGGGUGGCGUGGCGAGAGUACGCGUUCCUGGGCGGCGGCAAUGCGAGCCCGGCGGCGGUGGUCCCGCGGCGGUGGCUGGGCCCGCGCCCGCGCCUCCCUUACCCGCGCGUCGACGGCCUCCACCUCAAGACGUACCAGGCCUUCCUCGGCGCCGUCGAGGCCUACCUCGGCGCCCACCGCGUCUCCAACCUCUUCCACGUCAGGUUGAUGCCGGUGACGAGCCCGCACGACCGGGCGUUCGACAAGGUGUUCCGGCCGAUGCGGAACUGCAGCCCGGAAGAGGACGGGCUCAUCGUGUACCGGGAGGGCACCCUGGACGACCUCACCGUGGAGACGUGCAGCCACCACGCCGCCACCGGGGACGACUUCGGCGUCCACGUCAUCCCGGGGAUCAGCUGCAGCGACCUCGGCUGCCUCCGCAAGGUGGACGGCAACUGCCACGAGGAGGGUUGCCGUCGCAGCGCCAAUGGCCCCGACUUCUUCGCCGUCCAGCUCAAGGAUCUCUUCCCCAGCUAUUGAGAUUAGCAGUGCAGCCUUCAUGGUCAAGAGAAUUUGCAGAAUUACAGCUGAAUUAGCGGCGAGGAAUGCAUCGCCAUAGGCGUUAUAUUAAUUAGUUGGCCUGUCAGCAGGCUGUUCCUUUCUUUCUGUCUCUCCAACAAGUGUAUAAUCUGUCUGAGAGUUGCGUGUAUGCAAUGUUGAGUGAGUUUUGUCGGCAGAGCAUAAAGUUUUGGAAAGGUAUCUCUACAUAGCUGGGUUUAAUCUAGAGGAUGAUUAUUAUAUUUAGUGAUAUGAAUAUAUGGAACCGUGUAGCUGCUAGUGACAAGUUGCUUAAUCUGGUUGUUAUAUACUAUACCUUGGUGUCA